AAAGAAAAUGGAUCCUCCAGCAAAAAGAAAGAGACUUGAAAAUAUCCUGAUUCGCCUCUGUGACAGGUUUACACGCACUGAGGUGAAUGUGAUUUGUCCUAUGAUUAAAGCAGAAAACUCUGUUCGUGUUUUCUACAAACUGCAAGAGGAAGAGCUGAUUGAAGGCUUAAGAAGUGCCGGGGAAGAAAAUGGAUUUCAUUUUCUACAGGUUCACUGGAAAACCUUACCUGGCAGCAAGGAGAUGGAGGGAAUCCUAUUCAUUGAAUAUACUGCAUCACAAGAGACUGAUCAAAAUCAUUGCAAGAGGUUGAGAGAAAAACUUGAAUCAAACCUACAGACAGCUUUAAACGGAAGAUAUACCUUAAUCGAUAAAGUUGACGACAUGACUCAAACGGUGCCACAGCCAAUUAUUUCAGAAUUUGACUUUGAAUUACAAAAACUGAAGGUGUUUUCCAAGGAAUGUAAAGAAAUAAGGGAAUCACAAAAUGGUGACGUAUGCACUGUAGCAGAAACCACUGAGCAGGUGCUGGAAGAAUUGAAAGAAAGCUACACCAAGUUUGCUGUGCUAUCACAGAAUGGGAAAGGAAAAAGUUUCAUCCUUAACCUUCUGUUGCUCAUGACAGCUGACAGUCAAGAAGAAUAUUUGAGGAACAACAGAGAUAUGCUCCUACCACAGGUUAAAGACUUUAUCAAGGACAAGAACGCCAACACACCACUACCUGUCUGCUACCAACUAACAUCUGAUAAGGAUACUGAGGAAUCGGUGAAAUCUUUCUCAAAAAUCGACAGAUAUUUUUCCCAAAGCAGUAUAUUGGACUUGGACCCCUAUGUUCUUGCACAGAAAGAUGCUACAGGAGCGUAUGAAUCAACAACUAAGUGUAUAUUUCACUUGAGGUAUGGAACAUGUUAUCAAAUGAAAGUGGAAUACUUUAAAGCCAAAGAACUUCAGCAGCAACUGUAUGAGCUGUCCACAACAGACACAGGCAAGAGGAAGCAUUCCCUCAGUCUUCACUCCGCUAGUGAUCAGAAUGAAAUAUUGUAA